AUGGAAGAAGCUUUAGAGGAUUUCUUAGCUGCCUAUGAGAAAAAACCAAAUUGGAUCGAAAACCUUAUCUAUAUAAUUCGAAUUUAUAAUGCAAAAAAUGACAAGGUUCUGAAUUUUUUUAGCACUUGCCGUGCAUUUAUACAACUGAAAUAUCGGAAGUUACAGGAACAUGUCAAGAAGUACUGCAACAAGCUUCUUGCUAUCACACCAACGGACGAAGAUGAACGCGAUUGGCUGCAGGAGGCUAAGAAAAUUCUAGCCAAAUGUUAG